CGGGAAUAUUGGGUAGCGCUCCAUCCCGGGUCCCAGAUGGCGGCCCGGCCUGCGGGAAUCUGAAUGUUUAAUACGCCAGGGUGCCGGUUGGCUGUGGUGUUAUUGGGUUAUGCCGGCCGCGGGUGGAGUCAGGGUGUUUUUUGCAUUUUAAAAAGUCCCAGGCCAGUAGCCGGCCAUAAAAUAAGCGGAGUCGAGGUUUGAAAAUUGUUCCCUCCACUCGCUGUUUUCUCCCCGAAGAUGGCGGAGGCACUGGGGGUGGCUGACACCCGGAGGCUCCACAGUAAGCCGCAGGAUUUAAACGACGCGUACGGGCCUCCCAGCAACUUCCUCGAGAUCGACAUCUUCAACCCGCAGACGGUCGGGGUCGGGAGGAGUAAAUAUACCACGUACGAGGUCCGAAUGAGGACAAAUCUUCCCAUUUUUAAGAUGAAGGAUUCUUGUGUGCGCAGGCGAUACAGUGACUUUGAAUGGUUAAAAAGUGAAUUGGAGAGAGACAGUAAGAUUGUUGUGCCACCACUACCAGGAAAAGCUUUGAAACGUCAACUUCCAUUUAGAAUGGAUGAAGGAAUUUUUGACGAGUCUUUUAUUGAAGAAAGAAGAGCUGGAUUAGAACAAUUCAUUAACAAAAUUGCAGGUCAUCCACUGGCCCAGAAUGAACGCUGUCUGCACAUGUUCUUACAAGAGGAAAGCAUCGACAGAAAUUAUGUACCUGGCAAAGUAACUUCAUAAACAUCUAAACCAACCAACUUAUUUUAAGCUUCCAUUAUUCAUUUCCUUCGAUCAGUCUCCUGACACAACUUUCUCUGUUCUGUGAUGCACUGAAUGGCUUCGUACAGACUUAAGAGCACUGCAAAUGGUCAAAAGUAGAACUGUAGGGCAUUUAAACUUGAGUUCUACAGUAAAUAUUUACAGCUGAAUACUUGCCUAAUAAGUAAAUUGCAUCAACAUAAAUUUGGCAGUCAUUACAUCUGCUUAUGAAUGCACUCAUGGUUUUUACUACUUGGCCAAAAAUGAUGACAUGUUUUGGGUAAUCAUAAAUGAUCAGACUUCUCCCUUUUUAAAAAAGGAGUUAAAUUAUCAGGUGUGCUACAAUUGUUCUCUUUGUACAGUAGCUGAGUGUUUAAACCUUGCUGCAAAAUGUAUAUAAGCUUUAUUUAAAAUGUGCAGUGUCAAUUUUGUGGCAGAUUAUCAUUUUGUUGGCUAACUGUUCUAUCAAAGUUAAUUGUUCACUGUUAAAUGUUAGUAACAGUUUGAGAACUUUACUACAUUCCUGUUGUAGAAAAACUGAAUUGAGAAAUGUGUGGAUCUGUGUCCUUGGCUCCAACCAUAAGCUUUUUAAACUGCAUUUGAUUGAUUUCUGGUUUCUAAUUCCUUAAAUUUCUUAUUCCUUGCAUGUUCAUACUCCUAUUGUAUUCCCAGUUACUUUUUGUGCUCAAACUAGGGAAGUGAAAUGCUGCUGCCUCAAUUGGAAAUAAAUCCUUGUGGAAACUAUAUUUCUUGUGAUUUACCUCUAGUACUCAUUGACCUUUCUUUGUUCUCCAAUUCUUUAGUGCAGUUGGUUUGGAAUCAGAUUAAAACAUGAUUUUCUAGAAAAUCACUUUUGCUGUAAAAGAAUACUUGAGCAAUAUUUGCAUCUAGGUAUUGCCUAAAACUACUCUAAUGCUGAUGUGAAAUAUGACAGGCAUUUCUGUUACCAGCUGCUGCCUUUCAAUCACUGGCUAUAUUAAGCUUUCAGCUACUUUGUUCUGUCAUUAUACUUCUUCAGCAAAGGUGUUCCAGAUGUUAGAAUACUGUGGUGGUUUGUCUUUAAAACCACAUCUCCUCCAUUUUAUUGGUCAUUAUUUCCUGGAGUAUUUUGGAAUGAAGCUUAUGCACUAAAUAUCUUGAUGCAUAAAAGCUGUUCAUGUACAGUGAGUGGUGGUGUGGUGAGGGGUCUCUACUUCAGUCAAUAGUGUAUUUGUCAAACUACCAAUCUUUUGGGGUUUUUCCCAAAUCCAGAUUCUGUAAUUGGACCACUAAAUAGUAGGGAAAGCAAAUCUUGAGUCCUCUCCAACACUUUGGAUAAUAAAGCUGUUAACAAAUUAUAUUUCAGUCUAAAUCUUACAUGCUACCAUUCUGUCUUUUCUCUUUAUUCCCUCUAUUACCUGAUGAGCUUUUAUUUUCCCACUAACUGUGUUGAAAUUGAAGCUUGCAUGUGGAUAAGUCCUGUAGUUGACAUUAGGACUUGGUCAGGAGUACAAUAUUAGGGUGACUAUCUGGAAUUCAGGAGAGACAUCAUUUCCAACUUCUCUAUCUGGGGAAUGGUUUAAGGAAUAUAAUUCCCCCUGUUUGAGGAUGUGGUCAUUGGUGAAUGGCCAUGAGAAGCUUCAGCUGCUUGGUAUCAAAGGGAAAUCGUGACUGGCUAUUUUAGAUUCACUCAUUGCAUUUGAAGCCUCUGCCUUGAUGUCUCUCAAAUUGAAGAUUCGUGAGUACACCUGACUUCUACUUUGCAGCUUGAAGUCUGUGUUCUAGUUCCCUAGCAAGUGGGUUGCUACUGCAUACUCUAGCUAGAAUAUUUACGCACUGUACACUCUGUAGACCUUUCAAAUGUGACUUUUGUUUUGACAUGUUAACUUGAAUGGGUUUGUGGACUCUGGAUGUUAGUAGCCUAAUAUUGGAAGAGGGAGGGCAAUGCCAGACUUGAGUGAAGGUUUCUAAGAUGACACUUGCAUAAGCUGGACUUCACUGGUUUGGGGAUGGAACUGCAAUGGGAGAAUGGGCAGGGAGGAAAAACCCUCCCUUAGAAUUUCUUGCAGUAAGCACAAUUAAUAGUGCAAAUGGACUUUGUUAAUUGCAGUCCUGUUCAUUUUUUUUUGAAAUAUACGGUCAUUACAAUAAAUCUAUUAACUAGCUGUUUCUCAUAUAGUUUGGCAUUUCAAAAAUGCGAGUCUGUGGAUAAGUGCAUUCAUUAAGCAGACAAGGAUAAUGUAAUCAUAUUGGGAUUGUGCUGUAACACUACUUUGUCAGAUCAAUAUAAAAUGCAAUUUCUUUCUCCCUGAAACCAGAAAUAAAUCUGUAUUGUUAAUAUAGCUGUCAGUGUCAAACACCAGGAUAUCUAAGUUUUUGAACUUGUAUUCAGCCAGUGGUGUCAAUGGCAUCCUCCUCCUGAACCAUUCCACGUAAAGCAACAUUCCUCAGUAUUAAGUCACUUUGUCUUUGUACAGUUACUUUUUUGAUUUUAGGUGCUUUUUGUAUAUGUACCAAGAAAAGACUGUUAAGCAGCCUUCUCUUGAUCCAAAGUUAUAUCUGAUCUGUCUAAAAUAUGUUCACUUAUUUCUUCAUAUUAAACUACUGUAAAACCA